GUGGGUCAAGCUCCUUCUCUUUCGUCAGCCUCUCAGCCUGCUUGCCUUUCCUGAACCAUACCAGAAAUAAUACCAAACCAACAUCAUCAACCUCACCAAUUUCCUCAAACUCGAACCAAACACCACUUUCGUCUUCGUCCUCUUCUUCUUUAUCAUCUACCCAUCGAAUAAAACAGGAAUUAUCCGGACCCCGUAUCGUGAAACUCCCUUCAAGGCCAUCUUCACUCGUAGCGAAGCUUAAGCCCGACAACGAAGCAGCCAUUAUUACCAUCCCAACUCCAUCUUCAUCCUCAUCUUUCUUAAUCCCGACAGCAACAACAACAACACCACAGUCUACCGAAACAAUGGCCGAACGAACACUUCAGCAGAUACUUACCCAACUCCGUUCCAACCCCGGACUUCCCUACUCCGAGGCCUCUACCCUCCUCUCCAAAGCCAAGAUCGCCCUACUCCAACUUAAGGCCGCGACACCGGGCGCACCCGGCACCACACCACAGCAUCUAGCACUAGCCCGUGACGUCUACGAGCAAGGAGCCCUCUUCGGUAUCCGUGCGCGCAAUCCAGAAGCAUUCACCCGCUAUGUGUCGCAGCUGCAGCCCUUUUACGAGCUGCCCACCACCGUCCUAGCCCCGCAGUCCUCAAGCGAACGAAACAAGGUGACGGGUCUGUAUCUGCUGCUCCUUCUCACGCAGGGCCGAUAUGCCGAGUUUCACUCCGAGCUCGAGACCCUGAGCACACGGGCCAAGGAAGGUGGUGGUGCGACCGAGAUUGAGGGAGAUCGGUUCCUGGGGUACCCGAUUAAGCUAGAGCGAUGGCUCAUGGAGGGCAGCUACGAUCGCGUGUGGAAGGCAAUGAAGAGCCGUGAGGUUCCCAGUGAGGAAUAUGGUGUUUUCUCAGAGAUCCUAACCUCCCAAAUCCGCUCCGAGAUCGCCUCCAGCAGCGAGCGCGCAUACCCAUCUCUCCCCAUAAGCAGCACCAAGUCCCUCCUUUUCCUCGACUCCGAGGGCGCCGUCGUCGACUUCGCCCGCCAACGUGGCUGGCUUAUCAGGGAUGGCCACAUCUACUUCCCCAGCACCGCCGUCACCAUCGAGGGCGAGCCCAUGACCGCCGGGGAGGUCGAAGACGAGGAUGAAAAGGAGUUCAGCCGCAUGGUUAUCGAGAACGCGCUCGGCUACGCCCGCGAGCUCGAGACUAUCGUCUAAGCUUGUCCCACGACGAAUAAUUCCUAUCUCAUCUAAGGAGGGCAGAACUUAUAAAUUCCAACUCUUCUUUGGACCACGAGGGCUCAGAUAAAACUGAAAUGCACUUUACAGAACUGGGGCAGAUGCAGACGAGAAAGAACAACGCUAUGGGUUGGCAAAGUGGCAUGCAGCAAGCACAUGGACACACGUCAUGGGAUGAGAUGAAUAAAUGAUAGCUCGCAUAACAUAGGAACAGGAGAGGAGAGGAAAUCUCCGAUGAAGUUUAAUAAUACCACACACAGGCCAUGGGACAACAACAACAACAAGCUACUAUCUAUCUAUCUAUCUAUCAAUCUUAGAGGUCCAGGGCCAGACAACCCCAAUCCAACCCAACUAUGGAAAAGAGGGUGAAGUUGGGAAGGAAGGAAUGCGUUUUUAUCCGUAGCCAGGCGUUAUGUAUUUGUGUAUGAUACAGACGUAAAUAAAAAAAAAAGAGACAAGGACAAGCAAGCAAGCAUCAAUCAAUAGACACUGGCAUGAGCCCACCCAAGAACUGAAGUUAUCACC